UUGACGACAGGUAUUUUAACAGACGGCUGGGAACGUUCUGAAACAACCAAUGGAGUUCCAUAUUAUAUAGAGUAUGUACAACAAGUAAAAUUAAUAUAAGUAAAAAAUAUGACCAUGUUGUUUAUAAAGCUUGGUUGCAUUGAGGGUUUGUGUGUUUUGGCAGCCACUGUAAGUACAUGUAACCUUACCUAUUUUGCAGUAAAGUAUAAGAAACAAAGACUUAGUUGUCACUGGUCUAUAUGGCAGUAUGAAGAUUUCGGUAUUCUAUAACUUGUUCUUGGUAGUCUUUUAGUAGUAAUAUUAAUAGAAAUUUGCCGUUUUUAUCCUACAGAUGUUCAGUCGUCUGUUAAGUUCAUCUAAACGAUGCACUUAACAGAAAAUUUUAAUGCCGUGAGACGUCUAAUACGUCUGUCUUUUUUUUACCGUUUUUAUACCACAAGUUAAAGUUGUCAUUAACAACUUUAACGUCUCUAGCGUAUAAAACAGCUAUUUACAUGGAGUAUUUAAAGUGAUAGUAAAAGUGGUUAUAAAAUUUAAAAGUUGAACACACUAUAAUCAUUAAACUAUUAUUGCACCUGUCAGAGCUGGGGGAUUGAAAGCGUAAACCGAGUGGGUGUGUGAUAAUAAUUAUUUCAGGGCUCAAGCAACUUUAAGUUUCCCCUUCUCUGAGAACAAAUGUGUAUCAAAUUACAUUGUACCAUUCCAAGAGUGUGUUUACAGAUCGCAGAUCUGAUGUAUGUGAAAUGCAGUUUGAAAUUCAUGUUAUCAUGAUCGUAACCUGUGAGCAAGCUCUCCGGGGGACUCUGGCGGGGGAUGGGAAAAGGAAGGAGAGCUUGGAACUACAUCUCUGGAAUUUGAAUAUCUGCAUUGAAAAAGUCAAUGCGAAAUGAUGAUUGGUGGAGAUGACAUUAGUAAUGAUGUCAUCACCCAUAAUUGGCAUCUGUUUUUCAAUGUUAACAUGCGCGCUCGGUUCCGCUUCGCGCUGAUUGGUGGAAAUCUGACAGCUCAGUCGACAGGGAGCCACAGGAGAACUGGGGGUGGAAUUUAAGUUGCAAGCUCUCCUUCGUUUUCCUGCCCUGCCACCAGUGCGCCUGGAGAGCUCGCUCUCAGGCUAUUGUUAUUGUGUCUAGGGCGACUGGAAGCAAAUUUGAAGGUAAUCUCAGUAAACUAGAAAAUUAUAAUACACUGUGAGUAUUUAUAAUAAGCUGUACCUAAUGAAUAAUCUCACUAUUUUCUUGCUACAGCCAUGAAACAGAAAGAACUCAUUGGGAUCACCCAGACAUGAUCAGUUUAUUGGAAGAAAUAGGUAUUAAUUUUGAUCCAGGCUGAAAGUUCCCUUGAAUAUUAUCUCCUGUUACGUUAGCUUAGUACAUUUGUACUCUAAGCAGGUCCUGGCUUCCGGAUAAGUUUGAUAACAUACCGUAAAAUUCCGAAAAUAGGCCCCUCCAUGUAUAAGCUCCUCUAAAUAUAAGCCCCCCAAACUUGUAAUGCAAAAAAACCUUCAUUUAAUCCCCCCUCCGAAUAUAACCUCCUGGGGGCUUGUACUUGGAAAUUGCCCCCUAAUAUUAAGUAAAACAGGGUUCGCACAGUCUUGAAAAGUCCUUGAAUUUUAGGGGAAGUCCUUGAAAAGUCCUUGAAUUCCAUUUUUCCUUGAAAAGUCCUUAAAUUUCUGUGUAAGUCCUUGAAAAGAGCUUGAAUUUUCUUCAACUUUGAAUGUAGUAGCCUGGAAAUAAUUUUUUGAUGCUUUUUGGUUGUCCAAGACAGGAUAUAAAUCGUAGCUCAGUGAAUGUAAAGGUCAUUUACAUAAAGUGGUCCAUGUUUUAUGCAAUAAUUAACUAUCAGUUUAAGACAAGUAAACUGAAAAAUGUAGAGAAUUUGGUGAAGCAAACAGUUAAUGCCUUAAAGUCUUAUUAGAAUAUACUGGGAAUAUGCAUUUUUGUACAGUCUGUGAAAUUAUAUUCCUAGUAGGUUGUCCUUGAAAAUCUAAUGUGGUCCUUGAAAAGUCCUUGAAAAGUCCUUGAAAAAUGGUUGCAAUUUUUUGUAUGAACCCUGUAAAACAAAGCAAAAACAGUAAAUUUCCUUCAAACUAGAAGCUAGCCCAAUCAAUUUUGAAAUGCAAAUUUCCCUCCGUACAUAAGCCCCUCUGAAUAUAAGCUCCUCCAAAAAUAAGCCCCUCAAAAAGGUUCUUUAAAAAAUAUAAGCCCCGGGGCUUAUUUUCGGAAUUUUACAGUAGCUUCAUGUAUAAUAAAUGAUUUUUUUCUAAUUUAUCUGUAGAGAGUUUAAAUAAUAUCAAGUAUGCUGCUUACCGCACAGCCAUGAAACUGAGAGCCAUCCAAAAGAAAACACAAUGUAAGUGAUUAAUAAUAUGACAAAAUUUUAAAUCAUUGGAAAAGAAAAGGACAUAAUUUAAAGUAUAAUGAGUCCAAUAUGUAAGAUAGGAGUGGGCACUUGUUUUUCUGCCCAAGUUUCUCACUAAAUCUCUGUCAUCAUUAAUUUAUUCACUGAUUUCACAGGAAUCUUUCUUUUAUUAGUAAUUGCUACAGAAUGAUGAAUUUAUUUGUUAAAUUACUAGUCCAUUCUUCUUCAGUUUUAUUUUUUUAAUUUACCUACACCAUGUAAAAGUUGAGAUGACUUAAUCAAUUCUCUAAUUUUUUUAUUAUUAUUCUAUAUUUUGAUUAGUAUACAUGGUUGGUCUACAUGCCAUCAAAUCAACCUUUGAUGACAAUGGCAUCAAAGACGGCUUUGUUGACGGAAACCUGUCUGUAGAAGAAUUGAUGACAAUAAUUACUGCAGUCUUUGAAAACCAGUCUGGGGUUCGUGGCACUAAUCGCAUUGACGUAUCUCUUGGAAGUGAACUGGCUUUGAACUGGAUUCUUAAUGUUUAUGAUCCGUGAGUACAAUAUGAAUUUAAUGUCAGCAUGCAAAAACAGCCAUCCUUAUUGUUCACCACCAUAAGGGAUGUUUUGUGAGUAAUGAGAAGCAGUUAUAUUUGCAGGCUAAUAAAUUAAAGUACACUAUUACUAAUGUACCGUAAAAUUCCGAAAAUAAGCCCCGGGGCUUAUAUUUUUCAAAGGCCCUUUUUGAUGGGCUUAUUUUUGGAGGGGCUUAUAUUUGGAGGGGCUUAUCUACGGAUGGAAAUUUGCGUUUCACACCCGAUUAGGUUAGCCUCAUAGUUGGAACUAAAUUUACCAUUUUUGCUUUGUUUUACGUUGUAUUUGUGAGCAGUUUUUCCAAGUACAAGCCCCAGGGGGCUUAUUAUCGGAGGGGCGAUUCAACAGAGGUUUUUUUGUGUUACCGGUUUGGGGGGCUUAUACAUGGAGGGGCUUAUUUUCGGAAUUUUACGGUAGUAUCGAUUUUCACGUUACAAACUAAUUUUUUAACAUCUUUUCACCUUUCUACCUACCUCUCUCUUUAGUUGUUAAGUUGUUUUUGUCUAAGCCACUUUAUACAGUUGAAUCUUCCUUCUUGUAUGACUAAAGCAGGUGUUCUCUGCCCCUAAACAAAUUAUUGAGACCUUGUGCACAGCAUAGCAUAUCAGAGAUAUUCUCUCCUUAACUCCCCAAAGAGUUGACCCUCUCAAGGGGUUGAGGCAAAGGGAAGACUGACAUAUCAGAAUUCAAAGGAACAAAAGCUUUCCUAUAAUCAGAAAGAUCUCUACAUUAUCUUUAUUAAUUUUAUCUCCAUAGCCUCGUUUCUCUGUCAGUGAAUGUUCUUCCUUCUUUAAUUUGCAAAUGACUGACAAAUGUAGUAAAUGACCUAAAAAUGGAUAAUGUUGUCCAAGACUCUCACUAAGGGUUGGGAGCUGGGGAUUUUCCCCAGCUAACUAUUAACCAAAUGAAUAUCCUUGCUGGUCAAUUUCCUGCCUUUAUACAUGUAUUGCAUCGAAGCAGCAACUUGAAAUCUUAGUGGCAGCCCUGAUACUGGGCAUCUUUAAAUAAUUUUUUUUUUUUUUCUUUAUUUGUGACAACAGGGGAAGAUUGGGUUAUGUGCCAAUUCUUUCAUUUAAAAUUGGUCUUGUUGUGAUGUGUUCUGAGAAAGUGCAGGAGAAGUACAGAUGUAAGUUUCUUUUUAUCAAAGUACAAGUAAGAUUGAUAUAGUUUGUUGCCUGUAACAGUGCAUGUUUGUGCUGAUCGUAUUUAUCAUAUAUUUUUUUCUUUUUUCGGUUAAAGACUUGUUCUUACAACUUUGUAACAAUCAAGGAUUUUUGGAUAACAAAAGGCUUAAAUUGUUCCUGCAACAGAUGAUUCUGGUAAGAAAUAAAGAAUUACAUACAAAGUCAAACUUGACACACCUAUAUACUAAGUUCUCACUUACAUUUUUGGUAGAUUCCAAAGUAUAUCUACGAGAGUGCAGCCUUCAGUGGAUCUAGUGUUGAGCCAGCUGUGCGAAACUGUUUUGAAAGGGUAAGUUUAUAACUGUGGUCAUAUACAUGUGUAGCCAUGAAGUAGUACCCUUUAAGACCGGAAUUGAGGGUCACCAAAUGAAUAUGUGUAUUUCAUACCAGUGAGAAUAACUGUCAGUUACACUGCUGAUCUGUCAAAUAACUUUCCGAGCAUUUUUUCUUUUCAUGCGAGCAGUAGACAAACCUGAUUGAAGUGUUUCCUUUCUCACAAAAUGCUGGAAACUUUUCUUUCGUUGCAUGAAAUCACAUGCACAAAAACCUUUACCUAAAUGCAUCUAAAGACUUAAAGACAUUUUUUUCAGACUGGUAGUACAAUUUAUUUGUAUUUAUGCUGUCUGUUAGUAACAUUUUUGUGAUAACUUUGCUUUAAUCCAGGUGUCAAUUCCAGAAAGAGUGUCCAUUGAGGAGUUUAUUGAAUGGAUGAUUGCUGAACCUCAAACGAUUGUAUGGCUUCCUACGCUUCAUAGAUUAGCUGUGUCAGAAACAGGUUCCCAUUUCUUAUUUGUUUGUAAUACUUUUUAUUCUCUCACUUCAAUUUACACAUAAACAUUGCAUUAUGCCAUGGUGAUAAGCUUAAGUUUUUUUCAAACUUUAGGAUGUAUACAGCUAUUUCGAGAAAGGUUGUCGGAAAAAGUGCCCGCGACAAUCCCGAAAGGUAUUGUGGGUGGUUUUUAAUUCACUGUUUUUCAAAGAAAUUUCAAACAAUGGCAAGAGAGGCCAUGGAUGUAUGUUUGCGAGUGCUGACGGAAAGCAAUAAAAGUAGGUUAGACAGCUACAGUGUCAGGAAAAGUGUAUUGAUCAUAUCCCAUAUCACCUUUCGGGAUUGUCGCGUGCACAGUUUUUCAGACAACCUUUCUAGAAAUAGCUGUAUGUGUUGACAGCUUCUGCCCAUAUGAGAUCUUUGGUAAAUAGAUAAUUUUGUAGGCAGUCCCAGAGUGAAUACUAUGGUGGCCCAGAAGGGUCACACAUGCAAAUGAAAAAUGUUGCUGCAAACUAAAAAUUUUACCUGCAAAUUAAAAAUGUUGCUGCAAAUUAAAAAUAGGACAUGCAAAUUAAAAAUUGUACAUGCAAACUAAAAAUAUUACAAACAUGAAAUAUGAAUGGGCUGACGACUGUAAGGCCAGGUCGCACGGCUUGGACCAGGUCCUCAUCACUCAUACUGCGUGCGCAGGACUUUUCAUUUUUAAAUUGCAGCACAAUUUUUAGUUUGCAUGUACUAUAUUUAAUUUGCAGGUAAUAUUUUUAGUUUGCAUGUACAAUUUUUAAUUUGCAUGUACUAUUUUUAAUUUGCAGCAACAUUUUUAAUUUGCAUGUGGGACCCUUCUGGGCCAUGGUAGAUAACAUUGUAACCUUAUCCUAUCUCUAAAAACACAAUUUUUGUUCAAACUCGCUGGUUAGCAGUGGCAACUUAAAUGAAAAAACUUGAAAUGUAACAGAGAUGUCAUUUCCUUUCAGUUAAACAUGAGGCCAAAUGUAAUGUUUGCAAGAUGUACCCUAUUGUUGGCUUCAGGUGAGAUGGAAUGACCUUACUUUUACUGUAUGUGUUCAUGAAACUCUGUCUAUGUUUAUGAAAAACUAAUGUACAAUGUUUGUUCAAAUCCAUCACCAGAUAUCGAUGCUUGAAGUGCUUCAACUUUGAUCUUUGUCAGGUGAGAGAAUGCUGUUAAAAAAUGGUAUAAUUGGAGACAUGUUUGUCUCUUUGUUAGGUAACAAUUUACAGUAAUUCAUGUUUGUUUAAGUUUGAAAGUUUAUGUUAUGUUUAUUGGCUAGAACAGUGAAGACAAAUCUAAAGUGAUUAACCCAUCACAAAAGCCACAGACAAAAUAAACCAAUCAAAGCUAGAAGCAUAACACAUAUUGCCCAGUGAUGCUAAGCGUGGGAAAACACUUGCAACCGGGUCUUUGGCUUACUCCUAAUUGGCUAAGAAAUUGGCAAAAGACUUUUAAGCCAAUCAGAAAGUCUGAUGAUGUACAAAACCUCAUCAUGAUAAUUCAACUCCUCCUUCAGAUUUUCUGCAAACCAACUACCUUUGAACUUUCUAAUGUGUUUGUUCUUUGUUUGUUUUAUAGGGAUGUUUCUGGUUGGGCCGUGUAAAUAAGCAGCACAAGAUUGGACACCCCACUCAAGAAUACUGUCUAGUGGUACGAUGUAAUGAUGCUAUGAUUCUUCCCCUCCCCCCUGCUGCUUCCCCCCAGUUCAAACAUGAGCUUCAAUUUUUACAAAUGUAAAUGAGUGUUUCGAUGAUCCAGGCACUGAAGCAGGAUGAAGAAAACUAAGCAUCUUAAUUUUGUUUAAAUUUCAAACAGUCAACGCAAAAGGAAGACAUCAAAGAUUUUGCCAAAGUGAUGCGGAACAAAGUGAGUAAGAAGAAGAAAAAGGCUUCACAACAUCCCUCAAAAGGAAGGUUUAUUCCAAUUGAAAUGGAAGAAGCUCCACCAUCUGAGGAAGAGGAUGAGUAAGUUUCAAGUUUGUGAUUGGCUCAAAGAACCCUCACGCCACUUUCUCUUACUCAACCAAUCAAAGUGAAGUCAAUUGAGACUUGCUUUCACAAAUUUUCCCAGUUUUUGGUGUUGGUAACAAAGUGCAUGUUAUUUUCUUGAGAUCUGAUUGGUUUAUUUGAAUUUCUGCACGUUUCUGGGUUAGUUUGUACAUGUAAGAGUGGUACUUUGAUUUUGAUUACACGGUACUUUUAAACUGACUGAGCUGGCUUAUCAAGUUAAUGUUUGACCAAGAAUUGAAGUUUUGAGGUCAUGGCAUUAUCUUAAUUAUCAGUCAGUCUAUUUAGGGGAUAGGCAUUAGGGACUUCGUUGCUUAAAUGAAAAAAAUAAAUGCAAUGUUUAAAUUGCAGGGAUUCCAUAGAUGCCGGUACUCCAAGGAAAGGUUUCCCUGGAACACACAACAAACCAGAAGGACACACAGAAAGGUGUGCGUUACUUUGUUUACCUAAAGUUUUAAUUGUUAUGCUAGUUUCAGUCUUAGUGCCUGCUUACAUGGAGGUGGGGGACCCUAGAUAGGUGAGGUAACAUGUGGCGGGUCACCCCACCUAGCUAUCAUGUAAACCUGAUCAAAGUUAACGAAAAUAAUGAGAGAUUAUAUGGACAGGCGGGUUACCCCACCUGAGCAGGUUACCUCACCUACCUGGGGUCCCCCACUUCCACGUAAACAGGCCCAAAGUGCCAUUCUUCUUCUUGCACAUGGAAGAAGAUAGAGUAUAAAUGACAAUUUCUCUUGUGGUUCCCGAUGACCUUAAUACACAGUACACCCCAUUGAUUUAAAGUAAUACUUGGUAAGCCUGUCUAUAUCUUCUUACAUUUUUAUGUGUUUUCAGACUGCCACAAAGUGAGUUAAAAGAAGAAGAUGAAGAACCAACAUAUGCACAGCCAGUUAGAACAAGACGUGUCGUGUAAGAAUGUCAUGAAAUGUACUCUUGCUAUUGCAAUCUCUGGAAUAGUACAAAUGCCGUUCCUCUAAUCCCUUCCAUUUUUAGUUGUUUAUCUCACCCCCCCCCCCCCCUCCCCCCCUGCAGUGGGGGGGGGUAAGCGGCCGCUGGGUUCCUAGGCUAAUAAUCAAUCCAUUGAAAAUGUUUUUAGAUAACGGGUAGCUAUUUUGUUUUCUUGUGUUAACUAAGUUUCACUGUAACUUUUUCAAUCGUCAACUAUCAGCAGCCAGUUAUGACGUAUAUGGCCAAGCAAAUUGGUUUGAAUUUGAAUUUGAAUUCAUGAUCCAGUGCGAAUUUGCACGCAAUGAGCUGAAAACUGUAAAAAUAAAUUACUGUGACCAGCAUGUUUUGAGGUGUACAGUAUUGAAUGAGCUCAAGCUAAUGUAAUUCUCUCUUGGAAUUCAGCAUUCAAUUCGCUCUUAAUGAACACCUCCAUAAGACAAACAUCUUCUUAGAGUUGAAUCCUGAGUCCUUUUUCUGUCUUUUUUUCUCCCGCCAACACAGAUCCCUCUUUGCUGUAAAGCUAUUUGCAUUGUCUAUUGACAGACAGACAAUCCUUAUCGCCAGUGACGUUCAUUUGUUUGUUUUCUUUUUUGACUACCAACAGGAACGAUGAACACCGUCUUAUAAGGCAUUAUGCUAAGAGGUAAUUGCCUCUUCAUCUUUAAAUAUACGUAGAAAGGGUCCAGAAAGGCUGAUCAAGGCACGUUAAGUGAUUAAGAAAAUAAUAGUUAAAAAAAGUAGAAAGGUCCGGGUUAAAGCCGUUAAAGAUGAUUAAUCAUUCAGCUUUAGACAAAUCUGUGAAGCGUCGCACACCUGUCUCCCCAACUUCAUAAACAGAAGAAAGAAGAGAGUGAAAGAAAGAAGCAAGUGAGAGAAUCCUGGGAACGAGGUUGCGGUAACCUUUAGAUGGGUUGCACAUUGCCAGGGCAACGUUCACUUAUAUGUCCGCUUACAGAGCAUGUCCCUCUUACCCCGGCAGGAUUCACUGCAAAGCGGGAGGUGUCGGGUUCGAUAACCAGGGCCGGAACAAUACUCAGGGUCUUAAAAUAACUGAGAAAUGAAGGUGCUUCUGUCUUUGCCCCACAAACGGCUUAGACUGCAAAACAGUACGAAUUUUUGCGUGUUCAAGAACGCGCGAGCUGUCAAACAGAAGGUCUGCAACGAGGCCGAAAACAGAGAGCGAGACUGGGAAGAGACGCAGGCCCUGUGGGCGUAUGAGGCCCUCGCGCGUACGACUAUACGCCACGCUUUACCGAUUUCUUUACUGAUUUUGAGGGAAAAAACCGACUGUUUUGCAGUCUACAAACGGCUAGACCUUCGCGUGUCUCGGAUGACCACGUAAAAUGGUGGUCCCGUCUUCAGUAGGAGACGUAAACAUGGUGUCCUCACUUAAUACUUUCUUGCUAAAUACAUUGACUCUCAAGAAAGUAAUGUUUACUUUGUUAUUUUUUUUUUCAGCUUGACUGGUCAACCAGAUUCAACGGUAAAUGAGGUUUUUUCUCGCGUGCGACGAGAAGCUUCGUCGGCCGAAGACACGAGCGGCGAAGCCUCGAGUUUUGUUAUUGGUUAAUUUGAGUUUGCUGGUGGGGCUGGGUCGUUGUCGUUUCGAAUUGCUUUAUGGGAAUGUUUUGGGGACGCUAUUUCAUUUUAUUGGCUAUUACGGCGUUGCGCAGCAAACUGGGUAUAAAUUUCGUCUCCCAAAAAUUCCCAUUGAGGAAUACGACACCACACCACUCUGUACUCAUGCGCAACCACGAAGUGAAGAAAGUUGGUCACCAUAAAUAAAUUCAAAAGUUGAUUCUUACCGUUGGUCUCCUUCGCAACCGGUUUUAGGGUCGUCAUGCGAUAGGAGCUUCCGCGAUGACCCUAAAAACGGCUGUGAAGGAGACUAGCUUAGCGCUUGAAUACUUUUGUUUGCAGCCAUUUGCCCAAAUUACAAACGUUUCACGAAAUUCAGAAGCGAAAUGAUAUCAUAUUCAGAAUUCGCUUUGCUAUUUUUGUGCAUGAAUUAGCAGUUUAUUGAAAUGGUCAAACAGCAUUUCAGGAUUGUUCAACAAAUUUAACAGUUGAAACAUAUUUCAUAAGGAAGAUUUUAGUACUAGUGAAGGCACUCAUUUCAAAAUAGCGCUUCCAGCAACUAAAAAUGUCAUCAUUGUUUAUCGGUUGGUUUUGUGUUGCCAUGGCAAGCCGCCCUCAGAUGUGGCCUGGAAGUAUCUUAGCUUGGUGAACCUGUGCUCAGACACUUUUUCAAAAAAGUCUGCUGUAUAUCUUGUUUUUAGUCUCCUGAUGCCUCUCAGAUGGCAAGAGACUUGGACAGCCAGGAGAAGCAAGAUUUGGAAGAUCUGAUCGUCAGAUUGGAAGAUGACAACAGGUAUUUUAGACUUUAUUAAUUAAAUGGAAUUGGCUCAUUUGAGACAUUGUAGAAUUGGAAUAAGUAGGGAAACCGGUGGGAUUGGAGAAAACAAAGAUUAAUGUUGGUUGAUAGGCGUGUUUUUCUGCAAUUUUAUUUUUUAUAUCAUGUAAAACUAAGUCAAAGGUGCCAUUUAACCGGGGAUUGACAAGCAUUCAACGUCUCUAAUGUUUAGAGUGAUUUUCGAUUGUUUUUUGUUUUGUUUGUUUGCUUGUUUGUUUGUUUUUUUUUACAGAGCAUUGCAGGGCGAGAUUAACAGUAUUCACCAGUUACAGCGCCACAAUGAAAGCGAGCAGAGUAUCGUGCCUGCCGUUCAAGAGCCCGCCAAAGAGGCCUUCUUACGUCAUCAGAGGGAACGAUUGGAGGCACGUGAGGAGGUCCUCGAGGAGCACAAUUAUCAGCUGCAAGUUCAGCUCCAUCGUCUGAGGAUCCUUCUACAGCAGGUACAGACACAGAUUGAACUGCGACGCUCGCAACAUUGGGUUUAAGUUAUUUGUCAACGAAGAAUAAAGACUUACUGUACAUGUAUAUAGGAAAGGGCUCUGAGAGACAACUUGUUAGCAUGAAGAGCAAUAGUCGAGGUCUGGUUGUAUUCUCGUGGCAGUUAUUGCAGUCUCAUUUCUUUCAAAAUAGAGGGUUGUUUGGAGCAGAACUCGCGUUAUUGUCAAAACCAAAACGAGGGUAAUUGCUCUUGCCAAUCGCAUCAAACUUAAACAAUUUGAUCAGCCAAUCAGAAUGUGAGGCAUGAAAUGGGCGCCAAGCGCGGGAAAAUGCUCAAGCAAGUUACGACCAGUUUUGAUCUAGCUUCUGAUUGGUUGAGAAAGUGGCAUGAGUUUGUCAGCUAAUCGCAAAGCAUAGUAGUACACGACGAAAGCAGUCACAUGAUUUAAUUCUGGUGCUUAGUUCAGUAAAAAAAACUCUCCACCAGAGUGCAAAGAAUGGUCGGUUUUUCUGAGAGAAUAUAAGAGAUUUUGUGGGUUUUGCUAGUCUCCUCCACAUCCACUUGGGCCGGAGAGAUAAAAUAAAAAAUGUAAAUUUAAUGCCGUGAUUAUUGCUGUUAACUAGAACGGUUAAUAACUUCAAGCUCUUAACGAUUUGUUAAUCCUGUUCAGACUCUUAGAAAUGGAAGCAAAAAAGGUUCAGGUUCCAAGAUUUAAAUUUACUUAAACAAAAUCAACCGCACGUAACCUUCAUAACGACCGCUUAACUAAACAGAUAUGUACAUUGGACCAUCUCAAUGACCUUUAAAACACUAAACGGUCAAACUUAUGACUGUUACAAUAAAUUCGCGAAAGGAAUUCGAGAGAAAAACAUGAUUUCGGGUGAAGGAGGUGAGAGGCUAGCCUUGGAACUCUUGUGAGUCCAGAUCCCUUUUCUGUACCUCUCCUUUCUCCGUGCUGUUAUCCCUUGGGAUCUCCUUUUCCUAUCCGCUCUCCCCUUGCCCCCCCCCCCCCCCCCCCCUCCCCUCCUCCCCCCUCUUUUUUUCCCCCCCCCCACCCCCUCCUCCCCCCCUCUCUCUUCUCCCCUUCGAAUCCCCCCCCCCCCUUUCUUCCCCCCCCUCGGCUUUUUUUUUCUCCCCCCCCCUUUUUGUCUUUCCCCCCCCCUCUUCUUCAUCUCUCCACCCCCCCCCCCCCCCUUUCCCUUCUCUUUCCUCGCUAUUUUUUCCCCAAACAGAGAGCCUGUUCACAGGCUACUAUGCGGUCUCCUAGAGGAACUCCCCAUCCUGUGUGGUCCCCCCUUGGGAAUUUCCUUUCUCCCCGUACCUUGUGAGAUCUUCCACUCCGUUUGGAACUCAUUUCCCCUGCCUUCCCCACCAAGAAACUCUCCCCGUAGGGAUAUUCCCAUUGGAGCCCUUCCCUGAGGAAUUCUCUACUUCGUAACACCAUGCUUCGCUCUCGAAUUUCUCUCGCAUUUUUUCUUCUCCGCCUUUUAAGCAGCUGCCUAAAUGAUGAAUUUGAUAAUUUCCAUUAAAUUACUUUAACUAUGGAUUGUAAAGUUCUUAAAUCAUUAAAAUCUAAACUCCCUUAAAACUCGUGUUGUGGCUUCAUUUGUUUACCUUAGGACGAGCGCACCCUCGCUAGUCUCAUCGAAGAAGAAGACAAAAUGAAAGCAGUGUACGGGCGUGACAGCAGAGCAAAGUUACUUUUAGAGGCUGAAACCAAAUCACCUACGGUACUGCACAUUUCGUUUUUGUCUCUUGUUGUUUUAUAUCUAUUUUGCACCUUGCAUUUCCACUUUUAUGCAGUUAUUCAACAACCAUAGUUGUUAUUAGACGUGAGGCUCGGGUUAAGCUUCGUUUUGAUACAAUUUCCUACUUUUCAGAUGCAUGUCGUGUUGGUCUUGUGCUAAAAAAUAUUUGUUCGUGUCCACCACAGCCUCGCAAUUAUAAAAAAGAGAGUUAGAGUUAGAGUUAUCGGUAGGGUAUAAGGCAAUUCCCUUGGCGAAAGAAAAAUCUGUAGGGUAUGAGCAAUCUUUCAUUAGUCAACUUCAUAGCCCUCCUUAAUGUAUAUUCAUUGUUUUAAUACUGGUGAGAUUUAAAUGUUCUUGAACGGUAUUGCUUAUUGACGCUUUCUUUUGUUAUUAAUUAUUUAAGGAGGAAUUCAGAAGUGUAAAAAUACCUUAUAUUUUAUUUAUAUAUAACCGCCAUCGUAUUCAGUGUAUUCAGUUAAGCUGUUUUCAACACUGAACUUAUAAAUAUUGCUUGUGCUUCUGCUUAGCAAUCUUCCUAUAACAGCACAUCGUCUAAACUAAAAAUAUUGUAAAAGAAGGCGUUGGAAUUUUGUCCUAUCCUGUAAGAGAGCUAUACAUCCUAGAGGUAUUGCUUUUAAGCUUUAAAUCUAUGAAGUUACCAUCUUAUAUUGUUGAACUAAUAUUCCAUUUAGUCCUAAAAAAUAUUCAGACCUUGCGACAGGUAAGAUUGUUAAUCUGUAAAUGCAGAUAUGAAAACGGCGAGGAAGAGCUCGAUCGUAUGGCUUUUCUGCGUUUUCAAAUUUGAAAAUGCUGUGAUUUUCAAACAGAUACUACUCGCUUUUUGGAGUAACAGUAGUUCUGUCUGAAAACAAGGAAAUGCAACGUUGUGGCUGUAGAGUAAGGAAAAUGGUAUUUGCAAUUUUAUUCAAAUAACUCUUUGUUAACAACUAGAAUUAAUGCAAAAAAUAUUAUCUUGUUUUAAUAUUUUAAUAACCUCUUGCUGGGUAUUGAAUGGUUGAAUUAAUACAAAAAUUAUCUAAUUUCAAUCUUCUGUUUCUCUAUUGUUGAGCAUUGCGCGCUUCACCAAAGUACUUUUCGUUAAAAGAUGGCGAUUUCGUUGUAAGUACAUGGUUAACGCAUCUUGACUUCCCUAUUCAAUACUCGUUGUUGAUAACUUGCGCUUAACGGCCUUUCUUACUAUCAUAAAAAUCAUAAAAAUAGUUAUGGAAGACAGGUGACGGCGUGCAUGCACGAGUGUUAACUUAAACGUAUUUUCUCUUCUAUUUUAGGGUGAUCUCUCACUGCCAGUUUCCUCUACAAUGAAAUCAGUGGUCCAGUCUUCUCCUCCUGCGCGCACAAGUCGAACUGUAGCGGAAGCCACAAGUGCAGCUCCCCAGACGAACCACAAUACGCCGACUCUAACCUUUUCCCGCGUUCCUCAGCAAACUACUUAUGUAUCAGGAAUUUCAUCGCCUCACAUUCCCACCCACACCUCGAUUCCACAAAACACCUUCCUAACACCUGGUCCUCCAAUGCCAGCCUACUCCGCACAGUACUCAUUGACGCCUGGCGCGUCCCCUCCUUGGCGAAACCCUUUAAUACAACCGCACAGUGGUGAUAUCCGGGAGAAAUCGCCGAAUACAAGCGCGACAUCAUUGGCUGGUCCUUUUGUUCCUAAAACGGCUGCUGAGUUAGGGUUGUUAGACCGGCCGGUCAGCUCGACGUAUGAAGGCAUGGAGCUUAGUAAUAUUGUGGAUAGAAUGACCGCUGCCUUCCCCAUGGACAUGCAUUCUGGUAUUUUAUACCUCUGUUUACUUUUGUCUCUUCUAAAAGAAUGACCGCAAGAUAGAUUUCAGUUGAAGAAAAUUUAUAGUCGAAUAGUACAUAUGACAUCACCUAACAUUUGAAAAAUCACACUUAAGGAUUCCAUCGUCAGACUCAAAAGUAAGAAUCACCUUGUAUAACAUGAUGAACAGCACCAUGGGAAAGUACUGCUCAGUAGCUUUCAGUUGAAUGGCCACACCUCAGGAUUUCAAUCACAGACUCGAAAGGUUUCUCGUUGCUCCCGCCCCAAUCUCCUCGCGGCUUCACUGCCCUCGCCCGCCUGAGCUUGUUUGCUCGCCGACCAAGACCUCCAUGCUACACAGGCUAACAGCACCAUAGUUAGGUUUUUCUCAUUAUCUUUUUUGAAUAGUCACACUUUAGGAUUUCAUCCACAGAAUUUUAAAAGUUAGAACCACCUUUUCGUAGUAUAACAACAGUACCAAAGCAAAGUACUACUCAGUAGCUUCAUUUGAUUCGCAGUACCUUUCUCUAACCCUUGCUCUUGUUGUUCAGACAUGCAGGUGGACGUUCACAACGAUCUGUUCCUAUCAGCGAGUCUCAUUGGUGAAGCCAUGCAGUCAAUAGUUAACACAGUAUCCAGGGAUAUAGGUAAUUGCGUACAAUAGGGCAAACCUAGAAGCGGAGCUUCUAUUCUUAAUGAAUAGGCUGUUGAAUACAAAUAGCUCUAAUCUUUACAAGUAACAGGAUUAUAUGAUUGCAGGAGCCUCCUAAUGGGUUUAAUUAAUCUUGUUCUGUUUUGCGUGGUUACUUUUUUUAUCCUUUGUUUGCGCAUCGUUUCUUUGGGCAAUCUGUUUGUGCGUGGAUGCUUUGGCAACCCUCGGUGUGAACUCUUCUUUAGGAACCCUCUGUGACCUCUGUGUGUGUGCGUCACUACCCCCGUGUUGGGUGUAUCACUACGUGUGCGUCGCUGCUUUGCGGUUGCUGUGUGUGCGUCAAUACUUAGAGUGUUCUGUGCGUUCUUCGCCUCGUUGGGUUUCCUAUGUGUGGUGCAAAAAAAUGCACCCUCGAAACAAAACAGAAGGUUUUUAUGUGCAAAAAUUUCAUAAUAAUGAUAAUGACCGUCAUCAGAGUUCAUUAAUGUUUGUUCUUUAAUAUCUGUACAGGCGCAAGGAAAGGUGGGUUAAAUUCUCUAGACGCUCCAAAGUUUAGAAGAGAUCCUGACGAACCUGAUUACUACGGACAGGUCAGCAAAUUAGUAGAAAGUUUUUUUAAAACUUUAUUUUUCUUCUUCACCCCUCUUUAGUAAAUAAUCAAGGUAAGCCAAAUCUCAAUACUCUAUCCACACUCCAGUUAGCCAAUGCGCUUCCAGAAUUUCACAUAGCGCGCGAAAAUGGAAUGUUUAUGAUGACUGUACCUUUUUUCAUUAGGGUAUUUCCGGUUCCGGUGAAUGGCCCAGAGAAGACUUCGAUGUGAAUAGCAGGCAUUCUAACGACAGGUAUGACAUAUUUGUUAGCUGCCUUUGA